UAUGUGCUUCAAUGCCUACAUUAUAAGAAGAUUAUGAUUUCGGCAGCUUACUGAAUAACAAGUUUUUGCAUUAAGAGACUCUGAAGCACGAACGGUUAACGAGACGUAGAGGAGUGAGAGACAAGUGAUUAACAAGAAAACCGAACGCUCGAGUUCAGGGUGCACAUGCUGAAGAGACGAGGAUCGGUGCAUGUGGAGAUACACGCGUCACUAUGAGGCCGUGGCUGAACAAAUCACUUAGCUUUGGAAUCCUAGGGCUAUUUCUGAUAGCCCUUGGUAUUUCCUUCUGUUUCUUAUGGCCGACAGUUUUUCAUCAAAUUCUUCAAAAAGAAUUGGCUCUCUCGCCGACCUCCAGAAGCUUUGAGAUGUGGAAGGACACCAGCAACCUUCCGCCUAUGUUUAUGAAAAUUUAUUUCUUUAACUGGACCAAUCCGGAGGAAUUGAAUAUAAAGAAACCGCAUUUCAAUCAGGUUGGACCUUAUUAUUUCAAGGAAGUAAGGCAAAAGAGUGAUAUCAAGUUUAAUCAUGAGAACAAAACUGUCAGCUAUGUGCAACGACGAAUAUGGUAUUUCGAUGAGGAGCGGAGCAAUGGAAGUCUUAGCGACGUUAUUACUAAUUUGGACGCCGUCACUGUGUCAGGAGUGCAUAAAAUUAGAUUCUGGGAAGUCGACUGGCAAAAGUCGCUGUCUUUCCUCUUAAGUAGCACCAACCGACGAUAUUAUAUUAGUAAAACAGUGGACGAAUUGCUGUUUACAGGCUACUCUGACAAUUUGCUCACUAUGGGCAAAAUGAUGCCUAUAGACGACGUUCCGGCAUUUGACCGUUUCGGCUGGUUCUAUACGAGAAAUAAUAGCGACAUGGAUGGGCACUUAAAUAUGGAAACAGGCGAGGAUGAUAUAAGCCAGUUGGGAAUCCUAAGAAAAUGGAAUUACAGGGAUACGACGAAAUUUUUCAAGAGCCCGUGUAACGUUAUUGAAGGCAGCGCCGGUGGAUUUUGGCCGCCCUAUAGGACGAAAAAUCAAAUUAGUUUGUUCAGCGUAGAAAUAUGUCGUACAAUAACCUACGAAUACGAAGGAACAGUUUCUCAUUUUGGCAUCGAGGGUUAUCGAUACACCAUUGAUAAGAAGACUCUUGGAAAUGAUACAAGACGACGUUAUCCUCACGAGCAAGCGAAAUAUUUUGAGCGGACCACAACGACAGAAGACUUUUUUGCAGCUGAGCAUCUGUCCGAGAUGGGAAUCACUACGACCACCGAAAGUGUUGCUGACGAUUCUUCAUCCGAGAAAAAUACGAAUGAAUACUCAGACGAUGAUCCGGAUGUUAUCAAUAUGGGUAAUUGCUAUUGCGAUGGCGAAUGCACGCCGUCAGGUCUAAUGAAUGUGACCGCGUGCCGUUUCGGUGCGCCAGCCUUCAUCAGUCUACCUCAUUUUUACAAGGGUGAUUCCAUGCUUCUUGAUCAAGUCGGAGGAUUACAUCCUAAUGAUAAGGAUCAUAGCUUCACCGUCACUCUCGAACCCAUGACAGGAAUUCCUCUAGAAGUAAUAGCUAGAUUUCAAAUUAAUCUUCUUCUGCAACCAUCAGAAACUGUGACGGUCUUCAACAAUGUUCCCAAGAUCUAUAUGCCGAUGUUUUGGUUCGAGUUGAAAGUAAAAAUCUCCGAGGAUAUGGCUUCUGAUUUAAGGAAAUUACUAGCACUUCCAACUGUGAUGCUAAGUAUCGGUAUAGCUAUGAUAGCCAUCGGAUUAGGUUUAAUUGCUACCACAGUAUUCUUGUAUUUCAAGAACAAAAGACGUGUACCCACAACGGAUGUCACGGAAAAGGCAGUAGAUGAAUCCUCUGACAAGAAAACGGAAAUGGUGUAUAUGGAUAAAACAAGUAGCAAUAAUGAAGACCCUAACGUCAGAGGCGAUCGUCGUCUGUAUGCGAAACUCUACUGAAUGUUUUUCUGCAGGAAGAAUUUGAAAUUUUCCAAAACAUUGUAUGGAAAUGUGCGAUUGCGGAGCGAUUUUGACACAUAAAAAGGCUGCUAUAGGAUAUUUACAAAAUAAAUUUUUAUUAUGUGCCUCAGCUCCACAACAAUUGGCGCAAAAUAUGUCCUAAAAUAUGUGUAUAUAUAUCUUACACUAGUAGAAUGUAAGAAAUAUAUACAUGGACAGAAUGUUUUAUAAGUGCACAUAUGCAUAAUCGUGGGUAAAUUUAUAUCAAGUUUUUUUAUA